AUGGUUCGGCCUGCACGCCGAGAAGCAUCACUGGUUCUCUAUCUUCGACUACUCAACAAAAACAGUGAGUACGUGGGCAAGCACGUGGCCGUACCCCUCACCCGGCGCCACUCGGACCCGCAGUCAAAUACCUACCAAAAUACCUACCAAGCUGAUAGGCCGCGACACUCACAGUUAAAUACCUACAAUAAUACCUACCACGCGGAUAGGGUGGAGGUGGAAGUGGACGCAUCGAGAGCCGAGACACACAUGACCGUGCCUACAGAUACACAGGGAUAUCUGCCGGACUAUGGAGACGUGCAUAGAGGCAGAGAUGGAGAUAGGGAUAGAGACCCACAGGCAUAUACACAUACACAUGCACCGCCACUUGCCCAUACAAGCACAGACAGACAGAAAGACAUGGACGUGAGGUUGGAUGGAGAGGGGCAUGGCCUGGGUACGGAUCUAUUCGGAGGUCUACACUCGCACACGUCACCCAACCUGUACAGAGACGGCGCACGGGCAGCUGACGGUAGGUAUACACGUCCGAACCUCGGGUUGUAUAACGGGACAAACCGGGAUCGGGCCGGGGCUACGCACAGUACGGAUACCCAUCCACACAGCCAGGCUCAGGGCGAGACAAGCGCCGGGGAGUCGUCGCGACCGCAGAGUCCGGCCAAAGACCCUAUAGAUGACCCCAUCCAUCUGAGUUUAGGCGC